AGUUCCACCACUUCCAAAAGCCCGUUGGACACAGUUUGGUGUCAAACAACCGCAGAAAAACCUCGAUUCUACACAUCUUGCCUCAGUGAUAGCAAUUGGCUCCUGUCCGUGAACAUGUAUGCUACUCGAGUUUUGGCUAUGAGGGCUUCCCGCCCCGUCUUUCGGCCUAUCCCGAAGGAAGAACAGAGUGCUCACACCAUCUCUCAACGUCUACGGACCUUGAAGAAGAUUCCUCCGGAAUUACUUCCUCUUGGUUUCGUCCUUUGCGUCGCAGUCGGCGCCGGCAUCUAUUCCAGCAUCAGGAAGUUUAUGACGGAUAAGACCCUUCGUCUAAGCCGCUCAAAGCCAGAGGAUCACUGAGAUUUGGUCGGGAAACCUGGGGUUCCAGGCGGGUUGUUCGAGAGAGGCGGUAUUUGGAAACACGCACCAGCAAUCUUCAAAUGUGUAUUGUUAUGCGAGGAGAGAAGCGCCGGUGGUACUUGUUGUAAAUAUAGCAUUCCAAGCAUGAAGGAUGUAGCAUUGGUGGAUCAAAAUCCGAGUUAAUCGAAAAUCUGAAGCGCCAAUAUAUCCUCCUUAGCUUUAUGCUGGAUUUGGUCCGGCGACAUCCAGGCCCUCUAGGCCUUGCAUUGGAUCUGUGCGACUAUUGACGGCCGACCUUGCCUGUUCAGCGGCCUGCUUAUCCUCCUCGCUGACGGCGUGUUGUGCAAGAUAGCCCUCCUAGAUCGUGGUGUAUCCUGUUAGAUACUAGGUACAUCAA